AUGGUGAGGCGGGGUCGCCUCACACGGUGGACUUCGGAGGAGUGGGAGCAGUGGUACCACUCAGACCAGCCUUGGUGGGGAUGGGCUACGACGAACUACCCGCGGAGCAACGGCAGUGGCUGGGACCGUGGUUCGGACUUUGAUGAUCGAGACAGAGGAGGAGGUACGGACAAGAUCACGGUGCCGGACUUCAACGCGGAGGAUGACCGGGACGGUGUGAAGGCCCGAGGCUACUUGCGGAAGAUCGAGGCUUGGCGGAGGGUCACGAAGAUCAAGACCUACAAGCAGGCGCUAAUGCUCUACAACCACCUAUCAGGCCGAGCCUGGAGGGACGCGGAGGAGCUCGAGAUGGGCCGGCUUGACGGCGAGGACGGCGUCGAGUACUUCACGCAGUGGAUUCGCGAGAGGUACCUGGACAAAGAGGUGGUGAAGGUCGGCAAGCACAUGACUGACUUCUUCAAGAACUUGAAGAAGGCACAGAACCAGGACGUGAAAGACUUCAACCGGGAGUUUGAUCGACAGACCGGGAGACUGAAGGAGGUUGGCUGUGCCCUGCCGGAUGUUUGCCUGGCGUGGUGGUACGUUGACAAACUCAGGUUGGACAACGCGACCGAGCUCAACCUGCUCUCCUCGACCGGGAACAACUACAGUUUGGACAAGCUGCUGCAGGAUGCCGGUGAUCCAAGACCGCGAGACCAACCACAAAGGAGGAACCAGCAGGCGUAUGUGACCGAGGACCACGGAGAUGAUGAUGACUGUAUCGAGGACGAGCUCGAAGGCAGCGACGAGUCGGCAAAGGGGGACGAGACCGAGGACGAGGUGACCGAGGAGGCCUACGUGACUUACCAGAACGCGAAGGCCAAGUACAAGGCGAUCGUGAAUGCAAGGGGCAUCACCAUGAAGGCCAAGACGGACGAGAGGAUCAAGGCGGCAAAGGCGAGGAGCUACUGUUCGGCAUGCAAGAAACGAGGACAUUGGCAUCGGGAUCCUGAGUGCCCUCUGAACAAGGGCAAGAACAACGCUGGAGACCGCAAAGAACCACAUCAAGCACAGUACUGCCACGUGGCGUACAUGGCGGGUAUCUACAAGACGGACACGCUCUAUGGCAUCACCGACUGUGCAUGCACUCGGACCGUGGCGGGACGAGACUGGGUCAAGAAGAUGAUCAAGUAUGCGGAGCAGUACGGGGUUCCCCACUUCAUCAUGAAGCAGGACGAGGUGUUCAAGUUUGGAGGACCGGACACGUUUCCUUCGCGCCGGGCACUUGUGGUGUGGCUGGAAAUCAAGGAAAGGCCGUUUGCUUUACGGAUCUCGGAGGUGGAAUGCCCGUUGCCGCUGCUCCUGAGCCGGGGGGCACUGGCGAUGCUUGGCAUGCGCUACGACCUCGAAGGCCACAAGGCAGACUUCGGAAAUCUGGGCGCGGCCGGUUUGGAGUUGGGCAUGACGGAGACAGGACACCCCACUGUUCCUGUGACGGGCCGGCGGCUCCCACCCUUAGAACUUGCAAUUCGUUGGAUGUACAACACCUCGCCAUGGAAGAUGCGCAAGGCGGAGCUGAUCAAGGAGCUCGAACAGAGAGGGGUGUACAUCGAUCCGGCAUGGACUGUGCCGGAGCUACGGGCAACGGUGCUCGAGAACCGGGAACUGGUUGCCAAGAUGGCAAUGGGUCUCUCACGCUUCAACCUGGAGGAGCUGACGAAGAUGUGCGUGGACCUCAAGAUCGCAUUGCCUACAAAGCAGACCAAGGGGGAACUUACGAAGCUCUUGAGGACAGCCUACAGCGGGCACGCGAACGAGGAGAUCGACUUUGGGCGCCACAAGGGAACUCUUUACAAGGACGUACCGAUGGAGUACCAGAAAUGGGCGAUCAAGGAGACGGAGGCCAAGAAGGUGAAGGCGCUGGAGGUGGAUAUCGAGGAGGUUGCGGUGAUACCUGUGCCCGACACCAAGGUGGACACCAAGGUCAUGGUGGAUAUGAAGGUGACAACCAAGGCGGCGAACCAGGACAAGAACAAGAAGAUGGCGACGACUUCCACGACUGCCAGGAAGAGGGAGACGGCGACCGACUCAGACGACUCAUGGAUGAGGAUGGAGACGCAGUCAGAUCCGGAGGCUCUGGAGAAGAUCAUGCAGCUGGAGAACGAGGUCAAGCGGAGGCAGUACUGGCAGCGGAGAAAGUGCUUGAUGCAGGAAGCCAGGAUCGCUCGGGAAAUCCAGAAGCUUGGUGUCGACGCGGCGGCGAAGACCUAUGGCGAGAACGGCGCGGGCGAUGACAAGGACUACCAGGAGGGCAUGGACCGGGACUUGGACAACAACGGCGGCUUCGACCAGGACGAGGAGUUGGACAUCGGCAAGUGCCAUGGGAAAAGGGUGAAGAAGGCGACAAGGAAGAUGUUGACAUCCUGGGUCCGGAAGUCUUGGCAAGCCUUUGCGCUUUUGACGUCAGCCCUGGCGACACCUUUGCUGGCGGAAGCCCAGGCUACCUUAGUAGAGCCGAUCCUGGACAUCAAGAAUGUCUUCUGCAGACCAGAGGUGAACGAAGAGCAGCCCUAUGUGCUGGAGAUCUUCUCGGGAAAGGCAAGAAUAACCCAGGCUUUCGCGGCAAAAGGGAAGGUGGUGAUGGAGCCUCGGGAUAUAUGCAACGGCCACGACAUAAGGAGUCCAGAGACGAGAAGGGCGAUCCUAGACGACAUUAACGAGUUCAAGCCGAAGCUGGUCGCGGGUGGAAGACACUUCAUCAUGGAAAACCCCGAACACAGCGCCAUUUGGGAAGUCAACCGGAUAAAGAACGUCAAGAAGGACCUGAGGCUGCACGAGUCCAACUUGGACAUGUGCGGCUACGGAUUACAGGCAGUUACAGAUGGACGAGCCUUGAAGAAGCCGACCAAGCUGCUGGUGAGUCACUACGGUAUGGCUGAGGACCUGGGAAGGCGUUGCAACCGGCAGCACGACCACGGACAAACGGCAGGGACAAACACUGCGGCCUCGGCAUGUUAUACGUGGGAGUUCGCGAGGGCCGUGGUGCGCGCGACAGAGAAGGUAGAGAAGAUGCUGCAUUCAGCCUAUGUGGCGGACGUUGAGAUCGGCAUGAACGACGAAGAAGGCGACGAGGAGCUGGUGGCGGACCACGAGUGGCAGGGUGCGGCUGGUAUAACGCUGCCGAAGACGGUUCCCAAGCAGAUGGCGGCGGCUCUCAGACGGGUACAUCAAAAUCUGGGACAUCCAAGCAACACUGAUCUAGCCCGGCAUCUUCGUCUGAGCGGCGCGACAGAUGCGGCUGUGAAGGGUGCAGAGCAGCUUCGGUGCCAGACAUGCCUAUGCACGAAGAGACCAGGGCCUCAAAGGCCGGUGAAGCUGGUGCUACCGAUGGACUUCAACGACGAGGUUGCUGUGGAUAUAUUCUACUUGUACGACAAGGACCAGAUGAAACACACUGUACUGUCGGCAAUGGACAUGGCCUCCGGGUACCACGUGUGUCGGACCAUCACAAGCAGACUCUCCAAGGACCUGGCAGAGACUGUGCGACAGAUGUGGCUGGAAUGGGCUGGGUCGCCAAAGAGGAUGGUGUGCGAUCAGGAGCGCGGUUUUCAGAAGGACUACGUUGACCGUAUGGAGCAGCAGCAGAUCCACGUCAAGUACAUCGCUGGACAGGCUCAUUGGCAACUGGGGUCACUGGAGAGGCAACAAGGGUGGCUUCGGUCUAUGUGGGAUAAAGUUGUGGAGCACGAGGGCAUCGACUACACGGAGGUGGACUGGACGCUAGCCCAGUUGGUCCACGCCAAGAACAGUCUGAGGAGACGAGACGGGUACUCACCCUCGCAAUGGGUAUUUGGUGUGGAACCACGUAUGGAGCACGGACUGCGAGAUGGAGGACAUGACGGUCAAGGACAGCCUGACACGGUAGGAGGAGCAUGGAGCCGGAAGACGGCUUUGCAACGGGCAGCGAGAAAGGCCUUCUACGAGAGCCAGGCGAACGAGACGAUGAAGAGGGCGGCCCUCGGACGACCUCGAGUCCGGAGGCACGAGUAUCAGACCGGCGACAUCGUCUACAUCUAUCGGGUGAUGAAGACUGCGGGCGGUGCUGGGCGAGUACGGCAAGGUGCUGGACAGUGGAUAGGCCCGGGCACAGUGAUCGGCAGCGAGGGCGAGUCAAUAUGGGUGUCGCGUGGGGGACGGUGUUUGUUGUGUGCCAAGGAGCACUUGCGACCGGCUGAGUCUGAAGAGCUGGGCACGUUGUUUCAAGCACAGUCAAUGCAGCGGGAUUUGAAGCGACUGAUGGAACGGAUCGAGGACGACGACGUGGAGGAUGAGGAGAUCUUCAAGGAAGUGCCGGCCGUUCUGGAAAAGACCGAGGCGCUUUGGACGACACAGAAGAGGACACCUAAGACUAUGGCUAAGCAACAGGACAAGGAGAUCGCGUGGAAGGACAUCCCGGAGAAUGAGAAGCCACUCUACUUGCAGGCCGAGCAGAAGCAGUGGCAAGAGCACCUGCUGUAUGGGGCGGUGCGGGUCCUGAGCGUGGACGAGAGCAGGCGUGUGAAAAAGGAGGUUGAUCCUAGUCGCAUCUUGACGGCCCGCUUCGCAUACCGGGAUAAGAACGCGGCAAAAGAGGAGAGCCGACCCGAGCGUACCACCGAAGCCAAAAGCCAGGCUCUGUAUAGCCGGGCACCGCGACCCUAA